AGAGCCAAAACCAGGAAAGCGCUGCAGCUGGAGGUGGACCGUCUGGAGGAGCUGAAGCUGCAGAACAUGAAGUCUGUGAUUCAGGCCAUCCGGGCAGAGCUGGCUGACUACUGGGACAAAUGCUUCUACAGCCAGGAGCAGAGGGAAGCCUUCAGCCCCUAUUACGAUGAGGACUAUACAGAGAUCCUGCUGGAGCUCCACGAUGCUGAGGUGGAGAAGAUGAAGAGCUACUACAAAACGCACAAAGAUCUGUUUGAGGCUGUCCAGAAGUGGGAGGAGAACUGGAAGCUGUUCCUGGAGCUGGAGCUCAACGGCACUUCCAUCUCCAGCGCCACACCCAACAGCACCGUUCGUUCGGCUUUCGGGGGAACCAUCUUCCACUCGCCAACAUCCCGGCUGCCACCUCCCGGAGGGAAGGUUGGCCAGGCUCGGACCCCCAGCCGUGCGGCUGCGAAGCCCCCCCGUCCUGGAUACAGGGAGCGGAACAAGGAGAACGUGUCCCAGCUGAACGGAACCACCCUGAGCGGUGGGUGCACCCCCACAGUCCCUGCCCAGCGUAACCACAGCGUUAAUUCUGUUGCCAGCACCUAUUCUGAAUUUGCGGUAAUUCACCUCUUCUAA